CACUAGGACAUGAAAAGCCUACACCUAGCUGGGCCGUGGGUGGAUGGUGCCUGCGUGGUCGUAUCGGGACUGUGGCUCUCUUUUUGGACAGGAGGGAUGAUGACAGUGUUCAGAGUCGGGAAUUGUGAACGGCGAAAGUGGGGACUCUCGCACUCACUCCCAGUUGGCGCCCGUCAAGGUGAUCAGCAGCUACCAGGAUGAUCUCUAUAAUGAUGCUCCACCUUUUACUAGGCAUGACCUAGCUCUUUGUGCUGUGUAACUGAUUAGUCGCGAGCUGGAAGUUAUGAACUUGAAGAUUCAAACAAAAUCUACUAGAUGAUGAACGAUCAACGUUUACUGUUGGCAUGAGGGCACUAUUUCCAGGAGUUGCGUUUAUCAUUGAUAGGUGGCUUGAGUCCUUGUAUGGGAUACUAGCGAUUCUGAAGAUAGCGUUCCCAUUACACGAAGAAAGUGAUGAUGCUGCCGCGCGAAAGUUGCUGGGCAUACAUGUGCGUUCUGUUGGUGCUCUUUUCCCCUUGUCGCGGUAUUACUCGCCAGCAGGAGAAGGAGGCUGUGGUGGACUGAGACGGGGAGCCGAGCGAGGUCCAACCGACGGCCCUUAUCGAAGAGAAGACACUGAAGAAGACCGCCAUCUCAGGUAUAGCAGACAGCUAAAAUCUGACUUACCUUAGACUAUGAAGUUGAAGAUUCGUUGAUGGCGCUACGAAUCAAUUAGCAAGACAGCCCUGCUGGGCUUGUUGAGUCGAUGUUUGCGGUCCGUAAUGUAGCUGCAUAGGUCGCCCGAUUACCGUGAGACCCACUCAUUGUAGUAUCUUUUAUCCGCACCCAUAUCAAUCUAGAUGGCUUAGCCUCCGGCGGGAACCUUGGGCAAAAACGGGGGCCUUCCGGGGCAGGAUCGUCUCGUUCCACUGGGAAAACGCCGCGCCACCAUUUGCCGCCGAAGGCACAACAUUAAGCUUCCGAAAAAGAACAACUUCAACUCCUUAUCAAUCUUCACAGUUUUUUUCGCGGAUGAUCGUACUUAGUUGUUAGUUUAGUACCCUCUACGAUUUUCCUGAGGUAUUAACCCCACAGUCCCACAAGUUCAAAAUGCGGAUGGCGCCUCGCCGAGAGGAAAUCCGGCCGCAACAGCCGACACAACUAUCCAACUCAUACUGCGCCAGGGUUUCUCCAGCGACGUGAUACUGGAACAAGAAAUUUCCAGCCAGCGGACAGUAAGGGACGUGAAGGAGCUAGUAGUUCUGGACUUUUUGCAGCAGCCGGCCUAUGUCAAACUAGUGCACGGUAUCGAGGUGCUCGAAGACGACACGAUAUUACUAUCCACACUCGCGGGCAGCGGCCAGUCUUUGGAGUUGUCUGUAGUGCUGCAGGCUUCAUCCCCAGGUACUGAAGCGAAGUGCUUUGCUUUGGUUGACGAGAUGCUGGAAACAGCUAAAAAUUCGGUUUAACAGGAAUUAUUGAUAUUGUAUUAGCUAUUCGGUACGCAGACGCUGUCGUAAAAGUUACAACCCUUCAUCUUGGACAGCGUCAUGACUUCAUGAGUCAUAGGCUCGUUAGUGGUUGUUCUCAUUCUAUCCAAUCUUCUUGUUCACUCUUUUUAGUCACUGCUCCUCCUCACGAAGUUUAUGCUGGAUAAAAAAAGAAGCUGCUUGAUCUCAUAUUGAUCAUGUACGUGAUGGAACAAUGAAAUCUCUACCCCUCUGUCAUAUGACUGAAAAACUCAGGUGUAAAAACGUACCUCCGCCCGUUUGA